AUGCCUCUACUCUACACAAAUCUCAAAGAAAAUGGCGUUGAAAAGUGUGAUCCGUAUUCGACUCUCAACGACUAUAAGCAACAGCUUAAUACACAUCAUAAGGUUGACCACUGCAAAGAUUCGCAGAGCAGCGGCAUGUACGGCACAUAUAAGACAAGUCACUCAGCCGGGACACUGCUUUCGGACUCUUCAGCCAGCGGCGACUCUACGCUUUCCACAGGUCCACUAGAGCGGGUUACUUCAGCUGCGUCGGCACCAACCUUGAGAAACUCGCAUUCAGCGAUGAGUAUCAGUUACAGUUCAGCGGCAUCUGCAGUCCGCCCACGCAGACGGGUGGCUCCGAUGAUGUCCCCUUUAAAACUACCGAUCCCGCAUGCGGUACCGGUACCAGCACCUCUUGCGACACCGGAAAUGGUCGACAUCGCCCCCGAAUACUCCAUCGUGCAGGAUGCGUUGGUCGACGAUGAGCAUAUUUACGCAACCUUGGACUUUUCAACGACCCAGGAACAAAAGGCUCCUAUGAAGGAGGAAAAGAAGGCGAUCCCUGCGAAGAAGGAGAAGAAGGUAGUUUGA